GAGGGGCUCGGCCUGGAGAUCCAAGAUGGAGUUGUUGAGUCGAGCUGAGCAAGAGAUGAGUCUGGCGGCCUUGAAACAACACGACCCCUACAUCACCAGCAUCGCAGACCUCACGGGCCAGGUCGCCUUGUACACUUUCUGCCCCAAAGCCAACCAGUGGGAGAAGACUGAUAUAGAAGGGACAUUAUUUGUAUACCGAAGGUCAGCUUCGCCUUACCAUGGCUUUACCAUUGUCAACCGACUGAACAUGCACAAUCUGGUUGAACCAGUGAAUAAAGAUUUGGAAUUUCAGCUCCAUGAACCAUUUCUUCUGUAUAGAAAUGCAAGUUUGUCAAUAUACAGCAUCUGGUUCUAUGACAAGAAUGACUGUCAUCGCAUAGCAAAACUUAUGGCCGAUGUGGUGGAAGAGGAGGCACGUCGAGCUCAGCAGGCUGCUCGAGAUAAACAGAGUCCCAGCCAGGCCAACGGCUGCAGUGACCAGAGGCCCAUAGACAUCCUGGAGAUGCUGAGCAGAGCCAAGGAUGAGUAUGAGAGGAAUCAGAUGGGCGGCUCAAAUAUCUCCAGUCCGGGGCUACAGCCAAGCUCUCAGCUCUCUAAUCUGGGAAGCACCGAGACUCUAGAAGAGACACCCUCUGGAUCACAAGAUAAGUCUGCUCCAUCCGGUCACAAGCAUCUGACGGUGGAAGAAUUAUUUGGAACCUCCUUGCCAAAGGAGCAGCCAGCACCUAUGGGCCUAGAGUCAGAAGACACGGACAAGCUGCUGGGAGAUGCACCACAGAAAGAGCCCAGCUCAUUCCUCCCGUUUCCCUUUGAGCAGUCAGGGGGAGCCCCUCAGGCUGAAAACCUGGGUGUCCAUUCUGUCACUCACCACACAGUCCAGCCUGAAGUCAGCGCCCCUGUGCUGAUCACUCCCGCCUCCAUUGCACAGUCGGGCGACAAGCAUCCCCCAAGCUACACUCUCCCACUGAGCCCUGUCCUCAGCCCCACUCUGCCAGCUGAAGCUCCCACCACACAAGUUCCCCACUUACCUCGGAAUAGCACCAUGAUGCAAGCAGUAAGGACCACACCUAGGCAGAAAUCUCCACUCCUGAACCAGCCCGUCCCUGAGCUAAGCCACAGCAGUCUGAUUGCUAGCCAGAGCCCCUUCAGAGCCCCAGUGAGCCUGGCAAACACAGCUGGCACGGCCAUCCCAAGCUCUGAUCUGCUCCAGAAACUCAGGUUGACCCCACAGCAUGACCAAAUACAGGCACAGCCACUUGGAAAAGGUGCGAUGGCACCCAACUUUUCUUCGGCAGCUGGCCAGCUGGCCACCCCUGAGAGCUUCAUAGAGCCUUCCUCUAAGACAGCAGCAGCAAGAGCAGCAGUCGCAGCCUCCCUGAGCAACAUGGUGCUUGCUCCAACCCUCCAGUCUAUGCAGCAAAACCAGGAUCCUGAAGUAUUUGCCCAGCCUAAGGUGUUACCCAGUGCCAUCCCGAUCGCAGGCCCUCCAUUGGUUACUGCAACAACCACAGCAGUAUCUUCAGUCCUGCUGUCCCCCAGUGUGUUCCAGCAAACAGUUCCCAGGUCUGCAGACCUAGAAAGGAAAGCCAGCUGCCCCUCCCCCCUCACUAUUGGAGCAGAAAAUCAGAGGAAGCCUUCCAUUAUUCUCAGCAGGUCUCAGCUCCAGGACACACUGAUACAUCUAAUAAAGAAUGACUCCGGCUUUCUCAGCACGCUUCAUGAAGUUUACUUGCAGGUUCUGACCAAGAGCAAAGACAACCACAGCCUAUGACUGCAGUGGAUGCAGUGCGCAGGGACAGGGUCCACCUCCAGACAAGCAGGCUUCCUCACGCACGUCUGAGGAGAACAUGGAGCUUCGAGGAGCCUGAGGGCCUCGUCCUUAGGGAUGUUUCUAGAGACGUUCUCAGUGAUGAUGGAGGUUUCACUGUGAAGCAUCACCAGCAAACCUUUGUUUGACAAAAACAGCAAGAGACCAUUGUGUUGAGUUCCGUGGGCGUUUUCAUCAGCUGUAAGCCCGUGUGUGGAAUGAGGGCCUGGCUGUCAGCUGCUCUCCAGGCCUGGGAGGAGCCACCAGCCUCAGUGAAGCCCACGCCCUCCCUCCUCUACCCCUAGAAGCUCUGAACUCAAUGUCAGCUCGCAGAGUAGCUUCAAGAUUUAAGGAUCAGGAUUUAAGUCGACUCUUUGGAAGGUAUUUGUUCAAGUGAAGUCUAUUUUCUAUGAGCACCCGCUUGGGCCUUAAGACUUCUGGGAUGUCUUUGUGUUCCGGGAGGUGUCCCUGGCCUGCCCUGCCCUGCGCAGACUCCGUGAAGCACAGCUCUUUGGGUGGGGCCCGCAGGGCUCUGGUCGGUGGAGAGGAGGCUUCACACCGUUGAAGCAGAGGCCGGGGCACACAGAUCCAGAUCCUACCAGAAGGCUCCAUUCUAGUGAACUCUCAGCAGUUUAGUGUCACGUUUGUGCGUGAAGCGCAGCCUUAUUUCCUUCUCCGUCUAAACACAGUUGAAGUUGUUGUUGAUUGUUUUCCUUAACUGCUGGCAAAGGACCAGUGGACCAAUCUGACAAAGCCAUUCUGGUUCCAUUCCUCAGAUGUGCUGAGAGCAGUUUUAAAGCUAUGCAGAAAAGGGAGCUGUCCCCACACUGCCCUUCCUUCGUUGUAGAAUAUGGAGUCAAGCAAGUGUGAGACCCAGACCUCACAGUGUGUUCCUAGGCUGCGCCCUCCGGCCGCAGUGCAGAACUGUAGAAAUGCUUUGUGAUGCUGCUAUCGAUCUGCCAUGGUUUCUAUUUAUUCUUUUAUGGCAUGUAAUGGUGUUUGGUAAUAUUUUAAUGUAGAAUUUGAUUAUUUCAGCAAUAGUAAUUUUGAGAUAUUCUUUGAAUGAAAAGUGUCUUCGUUUCUAUGAUACAGGUCAUUUUCUAGUAUUUAACCAAUUAAGAUGCACUGCUUACUUUUCUGAGCACUAUUUAAUGAUGGGUAAGAACCCUGUUGGCUCAACCAGCUAGCGUAAGGACUCGCUGUGAAUAAUGCUGGCAGGCACGGUGGUCCCACCGGACAGUUGCUUAAGCUUUAAUGGGAACUCAAUCAAAGGCUCAUCGAUUUCUUUCUAGCUGAAGUUUUAGAAAAUUACUUAUUAAUUACUUACUUUGGUCUUAGUUUUUUAGCCUAAAGAACACUUUGAUUGGCUUAUGCUGAUCUCAACAUGCUUCCUGGACAAUGUUUCUGCUUCUCAGUUGAGUGUCUUCUCUUGUCUACCUAGUUAUGUGUGAAGUGUGCAGAAUUCAGGGAAGCUUAGUCUUUUUCAUACUAAGUUAGGGAUAGUUUCAUGAUAGUAUGUAAAUAUAGCAACCAAAAAUUAAUUGUUCACGUGUCAUCUAAGCAAGGUCAAGUUGUGAUGAGGUGAUGAAUGUUGCUGACAGUAGGAGGUGGUGGUCAGGGAGCCGCAGGGCUGUUCUCGUAAGGUGAACAUGCACGCCUGUAGGCGUGGUCACCCCGAGUGGUCUCAGUGGACAUGAGUAAACAGAUGGUUCAAAGCAUCUUCUUCCAGUAGGUGUGUGAGUUUCGCUGAUGCUUUCGAGUGUAUGUAGUAUUAUAUGAGGGCGAAGCAUGGGUACCCUAAAGAGUGCCUGCAGUCAGACCGGAUACUUUCACCCUUAAUCCCAGGAAUGACUAAGAUGAGCAGAAGGAGAACCUCUGAGAAGGAAGGCUUCCUCGGUGUAGAUGGAAACUUCUGAGUGCCGAAGGGAUGGAGGCGGGAGGCAGGUAAACCUGUUUCAGCUCCCAGAUUUACAUGCUCCAAGCAUUUACUCAAAAGUCAGAGGCCAGAAGUUCCAGAUCAGGACUCCUAGGAAGCUGGGCCCGAGUGAGCCCAGAGACCCGGGCCAAGCCUGACUGUAGGUGCGGUUGGCUGAGCCUGGCCAGAGUCCACUCCGUUGCCUUACUCCUCGUCCAGGCAUGCUGUCCAGAUGCUCUGCUAGCUGGCAUAGCUUGCAUGUUAACAGUGUCUUCCGGAACCUUCGUUAGACUGAGAGGGACAUUGGACAUGCUUCUCGCUAAGUUGGCAGAGUCCAGAAGACCUCAUUAGGCCAUUUGGUCCAUCUGUGUACACACCCACCCCUGCCCCAGGUGACCAUAGAGUCUGGGAAGAGUAGCCCAGAGUUCAACAUGCAGCAAGCAUGUCUAGGGUGUCACUAGUGAGUGACACUGCUCUUUGUUUUGUACUUAAUGUUAUGUCUUUGAAUGGGUGGACACCCCAGCUGACACCCCCACCCCGACCCCCAGUCCUCUCAGACUGCCUUGUUCCCCGUUGUUACCUCUCCGGGGCCCCACUUGACUUUGCGUGCUAAGUCUUACGUGACCAUCAGUAUCAGGAAAGGCGUUGUCCCCUGCAGGCUCCACACGAACUGUCACAGCUCGCCUGGGCAUUGGUGUUCAUUCCAAACCCAAGUCAAGGCCUUAGCCCAGGCUUGGCUUAGAUACCAAUGACCAGCAUGUGCAAGCAUUGGUUCUGUCUGUGGCCUGAAUCUUCUAUGGGAAUUAAUUAUAAAUGCCAUUGAAUCCACUAGUAAGUAAUCUUUUUAAACCAUGCAGCUUUAUUGCUCUCUUCCCCCAAAGAAUGUCCUUUGAAAUGUUCUCAGUUCAGGAGUAGAGGCCGUAACUGCCCUUCUAAUACCAAUAAUGCAGCCUGUGAAACUGACGGUGCCUAACUGCUCGUAAAGCAGAGCCAGCCAUCAUAUCACAGCUCAGAGGGAAGAGAAGGGCACAGGCGCGUGAGGAGGACCCUGCGAGUCAGGCACUGAGGGCUCACGGCCCAAGCCCGCUGUCCUCGGGCACACCUACUAAGGACCAUGUGUUUCUUCUGGCCUGCCUUUGUUUUCCUUCAGUUGUGUUGAGAGUGUGCACACUCUGGAACUAGCAGUGCCCACCCUGCUUUCAAGAAUCCAAAAUGCAGGGUCUGGGCAGAGCACCUCACAGUGGGCUUUGAAGCUGCUCACCAAGAGCAUUUCCUGGAGGACCAGGGCCUCAGGAGCCUGUGGGGUUAGGUGUAAGGUUGUUUUGUUGUUUUAUUUUUUUGUUUUUCAUUUCAAGUUUCAGCAGGAGAGCUGUGCAAUGUUUCCCUCGGAUUCCGAUUUGACAUCACUCUUUCAAACACUGCAAUGCAAUACAUAUCACUUUGAAGUGGGAGAAAAUGCAAAGUUGUGUUUCCCUUUUAUCUGUGAAUCCUUAGAGCGUGUUGUUGGUGUGCGUGCGGAGUGGUCUCACUCUCUACUGCAUCGGCCGUGUGGCUCCCCUGGCUUCCCUGCACCAGGCUCUCAGCCCUUCCGAGGACACGAGAAGCCCUGCGUGCGCCACUGUGAAGCUUUCGUUCCGUGAGCGCAGUGCCACCUCAUUAACCUUUUUAGUGGUGUGGAUUUUAUACCAUCUGUGUAUGUUUGCAAAUAUUAAGUUAUUACAUGUUUUAAAAUGAGCAUUUUUCAUCCUAAAUUUUAUAUGUUUGCAAAUAUAUUUUUUUAAUAAAAUUUCAAAACCAAGUUUUAGCACCUACUAAAAA